AUGGCGAAGCCGAUGGGAGUGAAUCCAAUCACUCAGUACGUUGACACAAGGCCUCCAGUAACAGGAGACCCUGGGAACGCCAGUGAGCAACAACAACAGUGCCCAGUGAUCUUCAAGGAGGUACAUCUUGAGGAAGACAGGGCUGGCGCUAGUGUUCCCGUGGUGUUCCCACAGACGGCUCCCUUCCGGAAUCCAUCUCACCACCACCGUCAAGAAAACCAGCGAAGCUCACAGAUCUCUGGCAGAGAAAAACAUCACUCCAACCGGAAGAAACCGUGGUCAGGUCAGUUUGUAGGGGCGAGCGCAAUGUUUUCCAGGUUUCGCUCUAGGAAUCUCUCCUCCCUAGUUACACACAGAAGAAACCUCCAUAAGGAGAGGACCGUGGCCUCGUUCUCGGAUCAAGACCACUUGAAACACGAGAAAAAAGCCUUGCUUCGAAAACUCAAGUGCCCCAAUUCAUCACCGCUCGAUGUCGUGUCCCAAUUUGUUGCAAAGGCUGCCCUGCAAGGGUGGAGUGACGAGGUCAUGAGAGAGGCAGUGGCGCGGGAUUUGCACGAAGAAGAGUGUCUCAGUAGCUUGGUGGCUGAAUGGGACUAUGCCCACUCGGACGAGACGUUGUUCCUGGUGCUGGGUUUGUUCUAUAUUGCUCGCCUCUCUGACGCCGAGAGGAGCGCGUGUGCUGCAUCGGAUGUCCCGGAACAGCUGCAUUGCAUGGUUGAUUUCGCCCGCCAGGAGCUGCUCUCUUGUACUGGACGAGCUGCAUUUCUACAAGGCUUGGCCUCCAAGCAAGACGAGGACGUGACGGAGCACUUGGAGCUCCUGUGGGCGCAAUUCUGUAAAAAGAGGAACAUUCAGGUGAGCUCCGAGGAGCCGGAACGGCAGACUAUAUAUGAGUAUUAUCCGGCAGAGCCUUACCGUAAGCCUUCUAAUGGAGAAUUCAGAUGGCGCUGCUCCCCAUCACGAGGGGAUCAUGAGGUCCUGGUAGACAUGACGAGCACAAGAAGGUCUUCCAUUUCUUCGUAUGGCACCAUGAUGGUGCCAAAGCUCUUCGGUUUGGUACCCCGAAUCUUGGAAAGCAGCUUCUUUUUAACUUAUCCAACGGACAGGCUGGGAUGGAACAAGCUUGCCGUUUUACGUGAACGCCAGGAGCAUGGAGUGAAUAUAAAGUGGGGUUACUCCCGGCUUGCAUCGCAUCCGGGAAUUCCACCUUUCAAAGAAAGGGUGGACUUUCCCGACGGGAUUCCUGCGGGGCCUUUUCUGGGGAGAGAAUUGGCGCUGCUGUUCCAAGGGAUGGUUAACAACAAGCUCCUGCGAGCACUCACUCUCGAGAGGCCACCGCUGUCUGUGCUGCCGCACUAUUAUGCCGUCUUAGUUUGUGCGCAACACGCACGCGCGUGGUUGGGACGCUACGACCUCCGGAUCUAUUAUAACCACGACUUAACUUAUGGACGGCUUGGCACACAGGACGCUACUGAGGAGGAGGAAGAGGAGGUUUGGCUGAAUGGCUUUCGUAAAGAGCGUACCCCAUCUACGAUCGAAUACAUUUUAAGACGCGAUACUGUGAAUAACAUGUGGGAUUUACUUAAGGAUCAUAUGCUUAUUAACAUGCGGCCAAAGGACUACGAUUUAGCAAAACCACCCAACACGCCAAUGUGGCGUGCAUUCAAACAAUACAUUGGGCAUCCUAGGCUUAUUUACCCCUAUCCAGUUAUGACACAGCCCGUGCUACGUGAGAUCCAAUCGACAUACACUGAGGUUCUUGAUUUGGAGACUAAGUCAAAACAAAGUAAAGAUGGCCUCUUUCCACCCGCUCCUGAGGAAAAUGUAAAGCUUGAGGAGGUAAAGAUUGAGAGUUGGAUGUAAGGAAA